AUGUACAUCUCUAGUGGCAAUGAAUCAGCAACAACACCCCUCCGGCCAUCAAGACUCGAUUCGAACGUCCAACAAGCCUCUGGCGAAAGCUCCUCGCGGUAUGACCCCUUUGCCGAUCCUUACCAUCGUGAGGAAGGCGGCCAUCACACCCGGGAAGGCACAGGAUACUCGACAGUCGUUCUGGUUGAUUCCCCGCAAGCCAGCAAUGCUCCAGCUGCUGACCCCUUCAACAACGAAGCCGAGACUGCCGCUCACUGGGGUCACUCUGGCGCAGGUUUAUCGAACCUGGGUCUGGUCAGCCCCCCUGGUAAUCGGUUGCUAUCUCCGAAGCAGCUCGAACGAGGCGGGACCUGGUGGGACCGGCUUCGAUAUGGCUCCGACAAGCAUGGCGUCCUUCCCUCUCACGCCAUCCAGAUCACUUAUACCACCCUUUCCAAUCGAUCAACCUCUAACCACGCAAUGUCUUCCCCUGAAGUUGCUGCCCCUGCCGUGAUCGAGCCCACUGUUGCUCCUGCUGCCGAGCUCACAACCUCUGCACCCGCUGAUGUGGUAGCCGAAACCCCUGCGGCCACUGUCGAUCAACCCACCACUGAGGCCGCCGAGACUGACGCAGCUGCACCAGCCUCAUACCCAGACACAGAACAACAGACUGUCCGCACUCCCUCCGAGCAUGGCACGGAACCGACUGCCGAAGCUCCAGGAGGUCCUAGCCAGACAGACCAGACCGCCCGUCGAUCUCUACUGCUUCUACCUCUAUCUCCAGCGGGUGAAGGCCGAAGACUCGCUUGA